CCGGCCCCAUCAGGACCGUCCAUAUUCGAUCACGACGGUUCACUAAAUCUCUAGAGCAACGAAACCAACCCAAAGUUUUAGAUAGACGGUUGUGAUUAGAAAAUUCAUUGAUCGGACGGUUCCGGAGGGUUCAGCUGUUUAGACGAUUGACAUAAUAUUACAGAAGUCUCUAAUGAUGGUCUUAGUAAAACCGAGGAGAGACACCUAGGGGGAGACCGAACCUUCGUGACAUCGAUUUCUUAAUUCGUGAAAAACCCAGCUGGUUUCGAGUAAUACCCAUCUAACUGCGACCUCAGGGAAGCUCUUUUUGGAUUCAGAUCAAUCUGGGUCCCUCUCGGAAAUGGAGAAAGAACAGAAGGGUCCAAAUGAUCAAGAAAGAGUAGAAGAGGAGGACACGGAAGCUUUGGAGCUUGUUCUCUUUCAAGUCUCGGAGUGUUAUGUCUAUUUGAUACCGCCAAGGAAAAGUGCAGCUUCUUACAGGGCUGAUGAGUGGGAUGUGAACAAGUGGGAAUGGCAGGGUGUGUUGAAAGUGAGUAGCAAAGGAGAGGAGUGCAUCAUCAGACUUGAAGAUAAGAACACUGGUGAAUUAUAUGCUCGGGCAUUUUUGAGAAAUGGAGAGCCGCAUCCAGUGGAACCUGUAAUUGAUAGCAGCAGAUAUUUUGUUCUUCGAGUGGAGGAGAACAUUGAUGGUCGUCUUCGGCAUGCUUUUAUUGGCAUAGGUUUUAGAGAAAGAACAGAGGCUUAUGACUUCCAAGCUGCUCUGCAUGAUCAUAUGAAAUAUCUGGACAAGAAGAAGACUGCAGAGAAGAUGGAGCAGCAAUUCCAGAGAACAUCAUCAAUUGAUUACAGCUUGAAAGAUGGGGAAACUCUUGUUCUGCAAUUAAAGAACAAUAGAAGUGGCCAAAGUAUCAAGUCCAAGUUUUUUGAGCAGGGUUCGAACAAUUCAUCACCUGAGAAUAAGGGUGAUAUCAUAAAAGAGCCCAAGAUUUGUAUCAAACUGCCGCCCCCUCCCCCUGCCCCGCUUUCACCUUCUGGUACUGGUCAGAUGUCCCCGUCAAACUCUCCAACAACUUUCAAUCUUGAGGCAGCUUCUAAACAUGGGGAUUUAGUAUCAACAAAAGAGGAUUCAAAAAACACAGAUUCAUCAGAAAAUCAAAGCACAGAUGUACCAGAUGAUGAUUUUGGAGAUUUUCAAACAGCUGGUUAAUAUUUAAGUAUUAGGGGGGCAACAUACAUAACCAUACUAAGAAUACCUGAAAUUUUCUUUCACUGUGGUUUUCUGUUAGAUUUGGUGUUUGUGAUGGUUUUAACAACCUCAAAGAUCUUGUUGAUGUGGUGUAUAUUCGGCUAAAUAUUUACCAAUGUGAAUUUACUUUGAGACAAAUAAGUCUACCCACCCUAGCCUAGUGACUUAAAAAUUUGGUCAUAAUUAUACAAUACUUGUAUUUAAGCAUUUGGCAAACCAAAACAAAUAACAUGAAUUGCCAGUUGGUUUCUUUCA